AUGCGUGAUAGCGUCGACAGAAAAGUUGCAGCCGGCGCUCGUGCUUUUGAGUCCGCUGACCUUUGUCGUGUGCGCGCGUGUGGCGGCAGGUUUCCGGUUCAACAUCCGCGAGGUGGAGAUGGGUACCCGGCGUCCCCUCAUCCUGCAGAUGAUGCAUCGCCCCGACGCCCUGCAACCGCUUUGCCGCCUGCAGGUUCGCUACCCGCACCCUCACAAACAGCAUCCUCCCAGACUCCCUCCCUGCGCUCGCCUCACUACCAUGCCCAUUCUCCCGACGAGCACUCCGACGCGUACGGCCCCGUGCUGCACCCGCUGUCCGCGGUGGCGGCGGCGCUCAAGCAGCGAACGCACGACCAUCUGCUCGCGCUGCGCCAGCCCAGCAGCGGAGCGACGACGGCGGGCUCCGCUGGCGCGAGCGGCGGCGGCGAGGCGGCGCGCGGGAGAGGCCCCAUAGUGAGCUCGAAGCCGAUCGUGAUGCGCGUGGAGUAUGCCUUCUGCGCGUCGCUCACGCUCAUCGACACACCCGGGUUCAUCCUCAAGGCGCGGCGAGGCGAGCCGGAGAGCACCCCAGCGGACAUAGAGGCGAUGGUGGUGGAGCUGAUGGCGCCGCCACACCGCCUGAUAGUGUUCCUGCAGCAGAGCAGCGUGGAGUGGUGCUCCUCGCUCUGGCUUGACGUUGUGCGCCGAGCUGACCCCCAGCUGCGCCGCACUGUCGUUGUGGCCUCCAAGUUCGAUAACCGCCUCAAGCAGGAGUUCUCAGAGAGGUGGGAGGUGGACCGCUACCUCAGCACAGGAGGGUACUUCCACUCCGCCACCUCGCCGUCCCCUGCCACUACCACUGCUGCUGCUGCUGCCGCUGCCCCCUCGCCAUUCGUAUCUCCCAGGCCGGCCCCUCCAUCUCAGGGGUUUGUGAGCCCUGGCAGCGCUGGCGGCGCCCCCCUAACGCCCCUGCGAGGCCCCUUCUUCAUUGCACUGCCCAAAGACACCAAGGACAGGGACAAGGGGAAGAGUGCUGCGGGCGCUGGCAGCAGUGGCAGCACGGGGAGGGACGGUGGUGCGAGCGAGGGAGUGCAGGAGAGUGCGCAGCUGCGGCGGCAGAUAGCGGAGGUGGACGCGGCAGUGCUGCACUUCCUGCGCACCGAGGUGGCGGGCGGGUUUGAUGAGCGCAAGUACGGCGCGCUGAUAGGGUUCGCGAAGCUCAAGGCGUUCCUGGAGGACGAGCUGCAGCGCAGGUACGUGCACUCUCUCUUGCCUCGCAGCCUGCAGCACGGCUGGUACAGUGCGGCGGCGCCUGCCGUGCUGGCACAGCUGGAGCGGAGGUGUGCUGACGUGGCAGAGCAGGUGGCGUGUGUGGAGCAGCGGCUGAGUGCGGCGAGUGACGUGGCGUCCAUGAGGAGGCUGGCCAUGCGCCACGUGGUGGCCACCACUAGCGCCAUGCUAUCUCUACUGGACGGGGCAGUGGAGCCGGAUCCGUCCCAGUGGGGCCUCUCCACGCAUGAGGAGCAGGCCGCCAGCACCGUGGGCCACUGGCCUGGCGUGCCGCCCCACGCCUUCCUGCACGCUGCACGCGCCCUCAGGCGCUGCAAGGGGGAGGAUGGCGAGGACGGGGAGGAGGAGGAAGAGGAGGAGGGCGAGGAGGGUGGCGAUGGGAGUGGGGCGGGUGGGAGUGGGGGCAGCAGGGGCGGGGUGGUGAACGAGGGGUUGAGGCUGUAUGGAGGGGCGGCGCUCAUGCGUGUCGUGCACGAGUUCAGCAUUGCUGCUUGGGCCGUCCCCUGCCCCAACACGUCCCGAGAGAAGGUCGCAAACGCCCUCCUGGCGAAGCAGGCCGCGUUUGGGUCAAGUGGCGCCAGCGGCGUGUCAUCAGCAGCAGUGGCAGCUACGGCAACGGAGGUGGCGAGGGCGGCGGUGCUGGCGCGCUUUGCCCCGCUCAUGGACGCCCUGUGUGCGCGCAUCGCCUUCCUGCUGCGCCGCCUGCUCGACGUCGCCCUGCAGCGCAUCAAGUCUGCGCCUCCUGCCGCUACAGGACUGGCAAUGACUUGCCAUCGCUUCUGCCGCUGCUGCUCUUCAUGCCCCUUAGAAACCUUCCACGUCGCGUACACUCACUACAUUCCCCCUUUCCCUCCCCACUGCAUCGCUUCAGAGAGCCAGGCGAAGCCAGGUCACCACACGGGCUACUUCCAGUCGCCCGCUGCCCAGCAGCAAGCCCACCACUCGGCCUCGCCAUCAGGCACAGCAGUGGUACCGCCGUGUGUGGCACUGGAGCCAUUCCUUGGGUUCCAUGCGGCCCUGCGCUCUGCCUAUGACGCCUUCCUCACCUCGCUCUCCUCGCGCUGUCGCCACCUCGCCCAGCACCACGUGCGCUCCGCUGCCUGCCACCUGCUGCCGCCCUCUGCUGCUGCUGCCAUGCCGCAUGUGAGUGUGGGCGCACCCAUGCUACCUUCUGCCCCGUUGGGCCUGCACCUCCCCCUGGACCUGCAGAGCCAUACGCCCCUGCCCUACGCUGCCACACGUGCAGGGAAGGAGGGCGGAGUUGCAAAGGCAGCAGCAACCGCAGCAGCAGUAGUAGCAGGUGCAGAUGAGAAUGCUGGGAGGACUGAGAGGGGGGGCAUGCCUCGACAUGGGCGGAUUCCCCUCUAUCCCGCUCGUUCUGCUGCUGACAACAUGGCCAAUGCGAGGGGCGAGUCAUACUCAACGCCAGUUAAAGGUGGUGCUGCUCCCGUGUGCGCUGCAGGUGGUGGGGGUGCAGAUGCACAGGCACUGCGGGAGUGUCACAUGACUGUGCCUGAGACGCCCUCGCCUGACCUGCAUGCCAGGGAGCAAGCAACCGCGGCCAAGUGGAAAGAGUAUGCAGAGAUCAGUGGUCGGCUGAUUCUGGCUGGUAGUGGCCUGGAUGGGGUCUUUAACCUGAUAAGCACGUCUCUCUUUCUCGUCACAUCAUCCCCAAACACACCACCUCUUUUCCUCCUUGUUGCCAUUUCCCCCUUACCAUUCUUUCUUGGUAUCACCUUUACUUGCUUCCUCCCUCCAUUCUCCUCCCUUCCAUCCGCCCUCCCCUCCUCCCUCGCUCUUCCCCCCUCCCUCCCUCCCUCCCUCCCUCCCUCCCUCCCUCCCUCCCUCCCUCCCUCCCUCCCUCCCUCCCUCCCUCCCUCCCUCCCUCCCUCCCUCCCUCCCUCCCACCCUCCCUCCCUCCCUCCCUCCCUCCCUCCAUCCCUCCCUCCCUCCCUCCCUCCCUCCCUCCCUCCCUCACUCCCUCCCUCCCUCCCUCCCUCCCUCCCUCCCUCCCUCCCUCCCUCCCUCCCUCCCUCCCUCUCUCCCUCCCUCCCUCCCUCCCUCCCUCCCUCCCUCCCUCCCUCCCUCCCUCCCUCCCUCCCUCCCUCCCUCCCUCCCUCCCUCCCUCCCUCCCUCUCUCCCUCCCUCCCUCCUUUCUCUCCCUCUCCCUCUCCGCUUCCUUCCUUCCCACCGCCUCUUCCUUUCUCCUUCUCUGUCACUCACCCCUUCCCUGCCUCACUCGCUUUCUUCCCUUGCCGCUCCACAUCUCCUUGUACAUUGUGCUCCGUAGGCAUAUCUCUUCACACAUUCCUUCCCCACCCACUGCAUUCUCUCUCACCGAGCAGCCGUGAAGGGGUGGCAUCAUCGCUGCUGGAGGCGCUCUUUGCGCGGUGUGAUGCUGACGUCAUGGCCAUGUUCACUGCACCUGCUGCAGUCAAGAAGAUGCAAGCCGAGCGAGGCACAGCGCGGCAGAGGAUGGAGUCUCUCACCAAGUGCCUAGAGGACUUCCGGUCAGCGUGCGAGUCAAUCCAGUGA